CUUUUUAGACUUUACCAUCAUCAUCAUCACUUUUAAAUGUUUUCGUUAAUUCAUUCGAUCGUGAUCGAAUUAUAUUGAAGAUUAUUGUGAAAAAAAAGUAGUCUUGGAAAUUCGAAUUUACGACAAUGUCGUCAUUGUCGUCUGCAGCUAUAAUAAAAAAUCGAAUUUUUCGAAACGGAAAAAAAUUCUAUAAAUUCACAACAAAAUUAUUCGAAAUCCUGCUCACACUUAUCAAGCAAAAACAGCAGCCGUAAAAAAAACAUUUGUGUUGGUGUUUUUUCUCUUCAGGUGGUUCAGGUGCAAUUCAAACGAAUCGUUGAAAAAAAGACAAAGUUUUCAAUUUUAUAACGAUGCGUGAAUGUGUUACAAUAUUGACUGGCCAGGCUGGCAUACAGAUUGGCGAUACAUUUUGGGAUAUUAUCCGUGCGGAACAUGGAAUCGAAACUGAUGGUAAAUUUGAUGAUCAGUGUAACCGCAAUGAAAAUGAAACUAUUGACACAAUGUUCAAUGAAGCCAGUCGUGAUGGUUAUUAUGUUCCACGCACUGUAAUGGUCGAUAAUGAUCCAUCAGUCAUCGAUCAUAUUUUAUCCGGUCCAAAAGGCAAGAAUCUUUUCUCAAGUCGAAUGACAGUCACCGGUACAGAAGAUGCUGCCAAUAAUUUUUCUCGUGGUUACUAUACGCUUUCAUCGAAAAUUUUGCCACCAACUAUCGAUGUGAUACGUAAAUCCGUUGAACUUUGUGACAGCUUUCAAGGAUUUCAAAUGUUUAAUAGUUUUGGCGGUGGUACUGGAUCUGGAUUCUCUGCUCGUUUAAUUGAUCAAUUAGAAUUGAUGUUGAAUGGUGAUAAAUGUCAACGUUUAGAAUUCAAUGUAUUUCCUUCGCCAAGAUUAUCGACGGCCAUUGUUGAACCAUAUAAUGCAUUGUUUCGUGCUCACCAUUCAUUAGAACGUUCGAAUUGUAUGUUUUUGUUCGAUAAUGAAGCCUGUUAUGAAAUCUGUCGUCGGCAAUUGGAUGUUGAACGUGCUCAUUAUGCCCACAUAAAUCAAUUGAUUUCGUUGGUGGCCAGUUCGGUGACGGCAUCAACACGUUUCAGUGGACCAUUAAAUGUUGAUCUUGCCGAAUUCGAAACCAAUCUAGUCCCGUAUCCAAGAAUUCAUUUUCCAAGUGCAUCAUAUGCACCGAUAUCGAAUCCAUGUUGUCAACCAUUCAAUCAACCGAUUAAAACAUUGACACAAGCAUGUUUUGAAAGCCGAAAUCGUAUGAUUAAAUAUUAUUCAUCUUCCACAUUACAAUCAAAACAUCGACAACAACAAGAUAGUGGAAAAUAUAUCACCUGUUGCCUAUUAUAUCGUGGUGAUUGUACACCAAAAGAAGUUAAUGCAUCAAUGAUUGAUCUGAAACAACAGGAACAUUUUGUCAAUUGGUCACCAGCUGGUAUGAAAUGUGGUAUUGCAUCUGAACCACCACGAAUGCUUGAAGAUAUUGCUCAAACAAAUCGUGCCGUUUGUGCUUUAUCAAAUCAUACCGGUAUGGUUGAAUGUUGGCGUUUAUUAUGUAGAAAAUUUGAUCUCAUGUAUAAGAAACGUGCAUUCGUUCAUUGGUAUGUUUCUGAAGGUAUGGAAGAAAUGGAAUUUAAUGAAGCACGUGAAGAUCUUGAAUGUUUAAUUGAUGAUUAUAUGGAAAUUGAUCGUACUAGUAGUGAAAUGGCAAGUUUUGAUACAAUGGAAGAAAUACAAAUGAAUAAGAAAACAACAAAUGGUGAUGUGAACAAAAAUGGAACAAUUGAAAAUGGCCAUCAUGAUGGUGACAAUGAUGACGUAAUAAUAAAUGAUGAUUUAUGAAAAUUUAUUUUUACAUACCCCCCUCCACACACAUCUUUAUUACCUCAAUAUUUUGUCCAUUAUUAUUUUUACUAAUAUAUAUUAUUCAU